AUGGAUGAUGAGUAUAAAUCCAAUCCAGCAGAGGCGACAGAAAAUUUCAAACUUAUUCAGAAGAUCAAAAAGAUGCAAAAUUUAGAGUUGAAUCAAGUUAAAUACAUAAAUUCUGAAAAAAAUUGCGACAUUGGUACCGAACAAGAUAUAAUUUCUCUUAUCCAAAGCGAAGAGCUGACUAUCGAUAAUCUAUCUCAACUACUUCCAAAAGAAAUGCCUGUAUUUAGUGAAGAAUUUAUUGACAUUUUAUUCGAAUUCAUCGACAACUCUCCAGCAAAUAGAUUCGAUUUUAUUGAUGCGUUUAGUUGUAACAGAACAAAUGCAAUUAAUCUCUUUAAACGAGGUAUAUUAGAAAUUCUUAUUUCAUUCUUACCAAUUACAUAUGAAUUGCUCGCUAAGAUCAUUGAAAUUUGCUCAAAUUACAAUUGUCAAAGCUGGUUUGUUGAAAUAGGAGGUUUAUUCGCAUUAACAUUUUUUUCCAAAACAAGAGACUAUGAUGACCCAAUUUCAAGGAUACUACUAUCAAUUUCAACAUACAACUUUUAUACGCAAGAUGUUUUGAGUACUCCAGAGUCAACAUUACAUCCAAUAGAAAUUGUUGACCUUCCUGAAGAUCCAAUUUACUUAAAUGAGCUCUUCUUUAAUUUGCAUAGUUCAGAUGAUCCUCAAAUACUUUCCAGACUAUAUUUAUCUUUAUCAAAUUUGUUUGAAAGAUCUGAUCCAGCUUGUAUAGCUUUUGGUAGUCUUGUAUUAGAUGAAUUUGAUUCAAUGAUAAAUAAUAUUGAAGUGAGAGCAUCAUUCAUUCUUUGUAUUUCAAAAUGUAUUCCUAUCACUCCAAUUGAGAAUCCUUUUGUUCUUUUAGACAAUUUAGAUGAAUAUCUCCUUUGUGAAGAUGAUGAUAACUUUGUUCUGGCUUCAUUAGAAGUUCUUGAUUCCUUGAUUUCAAGAUAUGGAAUUGAAAUCUUCGAAGAAUCGCCUGCAAUCGAUGCCGUUCUAUCUCUUUGCAAUGACUCAAGGUUCGACAUUAAACUUCACGCUGCUCACAGCCUCUCCAACGUUAUAGAAUGUGCAAUUCACUCACAUUGCGAAAUUUUGAUACGAAUGGGCGUAAUUGAGUUCCUUCUUGAGUUCGUUGAUACAAUAGGUGGCGCUUCCAUGAAGGAAUUGAUGAGAUCUCUCGGUGAAUUCAUUGGUUACGCGUUAAUUUCUGAUUUACCUGAUGAUUUGAACGAAAAAGUCACUUCUUACAUCGAAGAAGUCGAAAGAAUGAUGUACGACCAUGAUACAGAAGAAGUAAGAGAUGAAGCUGAAAAAUGUUGGAAUCUUUUUGAGCCUUUCUUGGAUGAAUGUUCAAAACCUUUAUAA